ACUCGACUUCGUUCUUCCGUCGUCAACUCUUUAAGCCUCUGCGCUACUGUCCGAUUCUACUGUGCAAUACGCCGUCCGCCGCGACGACAGACCGCCAUCAUGGGUGUCAUUUACUACCUCCUUCACCCCAACCAGCUUCGCUCCAUCAUCCAAUGGAAGGUCUGGCACGACCCCGUCCACCACCGCGAUCCCUCAAAGGAAGACCCUACGCUGAAGUCGUGCUUCGAAUUCCUCAACAAGACGAGCCGUAGUUUCUCCGCCGUCAUUCAGGAGCUCAACCCCGAACUCCUGGUUCCCGUUUGCCUGUUCUACCUUGUGCUGCGCGGCCUCGACACCAUCGAAGAUGAUAUGACAUUGGAUAUCAAGGAGAAGGAGCCUCUGCUGCGCCAGUUUGACAAGUACAUGGAGACGGAUGGCUGGACUUUCACCAAGAACGGUCCUAACGAGAAGGACCGCGAGCUCCUGGUGCACUUUGACGAUGUCAUAACUGAGCUGAAGAAGAUCAAGAAGCCCUACUACGAGAUCAUCAAGGAUAUCACGAUCAAGAUGGGUAACGGCAUGGCCGACUACGCUCUCAACGCCGAGCACAACGAGAACGGUGUUGCGACCAUCAAGGAGUACGAGCUUUACUGCCACUACGUUGCCGGUCUCGUCGGUGACGGCCUGACCCGCCUCUUCGUCGAGGGCAACAUGGCCAACCCCAAGCUUCUCGAGCGCCCCGCGCUCACCGAGUCCAUGGGACAGUUCCUCCAAAAGACCAACAUCAUUCGCGACGUCCACGAGGACUACCUCGACAAGCGCCGUUUCUGGCCCAAGGAGAUCUGGAGCAAGCAUGUCGACACCUGGGACGAUCUCUUCAAGCCCGAGAACCUGCCCAAGGCUCUCGAGUGCAGCUCCGAGAUGGUUCUGAAUGCUCUCAAGCACACUGAGGAGUGCCUGUUCUACAUGGCUGGUAUCAAGGAUCAGAGUGUCUUCAACUUCGUCGCUAUCCCCCAGAGCAUGGCUAUUGCGACGUUGGAGCUCGUCUUCCGUAACCCUGCCAUCUUCAACAGCCACAUCAAGAUCACCAAGGGCGACGCAUGCUACCUCAUGACCAAGUCAACACAGAACCUCCAAAUUGUGUGUGAGGUUUUCAGAGACUACACCCGUCGGAUACACAAGAAGAACGACCCCCGCGACCCCAACUACGUGCAGAUUAGCGUGCAGUGCGGCAAGAUUGAGCAAUUCAUCGACUCUCUGUUCCCGAGACAGGACCCCAAGCUGCUCGGAGAUGCGGCGAAACAGAAAGAGCGGGGCCAACCGGGUAUGGAUGCAGGCGAGGCCUUCGUAUUGGGCGGCAUGGUUCUGUUGACCCUCUUUUUCGUAUCUGGUCUUAUGAUUGGAACUGCCUGGUUCUUUGGUGCACGCUUCGACUCGUUGUGGAAGACGGAUAGCAUUUACUGGCCUGGCAGCGAGACCGGCGCGGCGACGCCGAUCGAGCACAAGGAGCUGUAA